AUGGUAACGCUCCGCCAGAGAACAACUGUCGCGACCGCGACCGCAGAACCCGAGCCGGCGUUGAAAGAAGCUGGAAUCGGCGACGACUUAAUUAUUCUGGAGGACGAUUCUUCCCCUGACUCGGCGGUGAAGCACUUGCGUGGACGCUGGGAACUUGCUUCGGUUCUUAAUUUCUUAAAUGUCUUUAGCCCAAUUCUCUCGGAUAAAUUGAAGCUAAAAGCUGAGGAGAUAGAGACGGGUCUUAUCGAGUGCAACACCAAAAAUGCUCAGCUUCACAUUGCACUCUUAAAGGGGAUACCACCGGUACACAAAUUGCUUGACGAUGGAGAUGCCUGGAUCACGUUGCUGUGUAAGAAACUCGCUCCAUACUGGUCAUGGAUUGCACAGGGUGAAAUUCCUGUAACCGCUAACAAAGGGGAGGAAGUAUCUGAAUACAAAGGACUUGACCCUGUUGAUCGCCUGAGGUUUCUGAAGGCACUUUGUGAGCUUCGAGUUGAUCAAGGUGAUGCUCGUACGCAUAUUCAAGAAAAUGCUAAGGAAGGAGCAUGGGAUUCCAGUUUCCGCAAAAGGAAGUUAGGAGGAGAUGGAAAGAAGACUGCGUACUGGUUUGAUGGUAAUGACAUCCAGGGGUACAGAUUAUAUAGGGAAGUCACUGAAAUCUCAAAGAACGCUAAAGCAAGGAAGAAUGAAAGCUCCGAUGUAUCUAAUGUCAGCUGGGAAACUGAAGCAACCAAUCUUGAUCAAUUUCAGAGAGCCGCUAGAGAGUUAACAUCAAACAAAGCUUCUUCUUUGGCUGCUAUCGGCCAGAUGAUUGAGACAGAUGCUAUACCCGUCGUUGAGAAAUAUCAUAAAAAGAUAGAAAAGGCCAUCAAAAGGAAAAUGAAGCAAGAAAGGGUCUUUAGUGUCAACUUCUCCCGUCCUAUCCGAACGACGCGUUCUUGCCGUAACCGCGUGCCUGCUAGUUACACCUUUGAGGAGUAUGACAAGAUGAUCAGUGAGGCCGUGGAGGAAACAGAGGAAAUUGAUCAAGGAGAUGAGGAAGGAAUGGUGCAACACAGUCCUCCAUUGGGCUCAAACGACAGUUCUGAAGGUAACAAUGUGAAGUCAACAGAGUAUGUGGCAAUAGCAGAGGAAGUACCUGAAAGCGGCAAUGACGAUGAAAAAGAGAAUGAGAAUGAGAAAAGCAAGGUGGAAUCAGAGGGGAAGAUGGAGUUCAGUGCCAAAAACAGGCUGAGGCAAAGGGUGACGAGGAACUCAGCUCUCUGCUAA